GUCGGCGCAGGGCUCUGCGCAGCGAGCCGAGCAGCGAGAAGGCCCGGGCAGCGGAGGGCGCGUCGGUGAAGCGGCAGCGCGAGUCCCUGGCGGGCAAGCUCAAGGGUCGCUUGAGGAGAGCGGCUCCUUCACCGGCGACCGACGCGGCGGAGAUGCGGAACUGGCGGCGCUUGUUCGAUGACGAGUCCCCCCUGCGCGAGCUCUGGCAGCCAGAUGCCGCGCGCGAUGGCCCGAUCUCUAGGGCGCGUUUGGAUCGGGCAUGCGCGACGCAGCACCUGGUCGAACAGCUGGAUCGCAUCACGUUCGCCGCGCCGCUGGAGCGGCGCCCGCGCCCCCCCCACCACGGGCCGCUCGCGCUCGGCAGCUUAGCGACGCCGCGGCGGCCCGUGGAGAGCGCCCCCAUUCCCGAGGAGGUGAUCAGGAUGGAGGAGUGGCCUAUGCGGGUUUCCGCCGACUUCCACCGCGGGCUGCGUUUCGCCGUCCAGGAGCUGACCACCUUGGACCUCCUCGAGCUGCUCGGGGGCGCUAUCCGCGCGCUUGGUAUUGUCAUGGGUGCGCUGCGGCGAUUGGAGCGGUUAGGGUGGUUGUGGGCCCCGCAUUUCGCGAAGCGCAGUGCUGGGGUCAGGAGCGCGCUCGAACGUAAUAUGGUCGACGACAAUCCUGAUGCGGCUGCUUCCAUCUUGCGCGGCAUCGCGGUGGACCUCGCCAGGCAAGCAGCUCGGGCAGACCAGGAGGGGCGCCGCGCUGAGUUGCCCAACCUUGACCCCGAGGUGGCGCGCAGAAGGCGGAGUUGGAUCUUGCAGAAGAUCCGCGAGCUCGCUCCAGGGCGCGCGGCGGCCGCCAUGGCGCUCGGGGGCGCGGAUGGGCCCGCGCAGGUGGGCCCCGGCGAAGUGGCGCGGAUCCUCAGGAGCCACUGGGGCGAGGUGUUCUCCGCAGAGCAGCUUUGCACAGGUGACAUCGACGACUGGAAUCGGCGGGAUGCUGAGGCCCCGGAUGGUUUGACGGCGUCUUUGCGGCCCCUGCUGGGGGACGAGAUGAUUUGGGGGAUCGCGAAGGACGACGUUAAGGAUGCCAUCGAGAG